AUGUCGAAACACAAACUAAUUUCAAACGACGAUCUCAUUCUCGCUCUAUUUGAUUUUAUUUUCCUCUCACACAAGCAACAUUUCAACAAUCAUCGUUCGUUCACAUUAGAUCAUCAUGAUACAUCAUUAUCGAACACACAACUUUCUCGACCAUUCACUCCAUCAUCCUUCCUCUUCCUCCAUGCUCUCAAAGUUUCCUUCGAUUUGACCUUUCUCGAGAACGAUGAAGUGGGUCGUUCCUGUUACACACAAGGAUCUUCGUACACACGAGGAGAACCCUUUCAACAACCUCCUCCACAAUGUGAUGCCACCGAUUCCAAUAAUCUUGUCACAGUUCCGAAAGAAGAUUGUGUUGGAACAUGUCGAGCACUGGAUGUCAUUACCUCUUCACACAUCACCUUGUGGAAAACAAAAAUCAUUCCUGCAGUGAAUGCACUAUUAGAUGAUGAUUUGAUUCAAGUGAAACCACAAUUCAAAAUGCCAAAUGAUACUUUUUUAUUGAAUGCUACCAAUAAUGUUCAGAGAUGUCAAUAUACGACAGAAUAUGGAAUUCCAAUUCCACAAUAUUACAAAACUCCUUUGAAUAGUUCGUAUAGUGAUCAAUUGAAAGGUGUGGAUUUGGUUGUGUUUGUGACCAUGCGACCAUUGACAAUGACUGUCAAAGGAAGUGGAAUGAUGUGUGUGACACAAACUAUGAAUGGAGUGAAACGACCAGUGAUGGGUUUAAUUAAUAUUUCACCUGGAGUUUUCAAUUCAUUGUCGAUGAGAAAUCAAAUCAUGACAGUUCUUCACAUGAUGUAUCAUAUUUUAGGAUUUAAUUUACAAUCCUUUAAAGACGCAGGUCUUCAACUCAUCUCCACCACCGAUACGUUCAAUUCAGAAUCUAAAACCAUAUUCUAUCUGAACGCACCCAAUGCUGUUGCCCAAAUGAAAUCUCAUUUCUCAUGUCAAGAUCAGACCAAACUCAAUGGUCUUCCUCUCGAAAAUUAUGAAGAACUCAUCAUUCCAUUCAAAUACACACUGGACAUGACGGAUUACGAAAAAGGAAAAGUUCCGUUACUCGAAUCAAGAAUAUUCUUUAAUGAACUCAUGUCCAGCACAUUUCAAUCGAUUGAACCCUCAGAAGGAGCCAUGCCUUCCAAAAUUUCACUUGCUGUUUUACAAGAUUUAGGAUAUUAUUCUAUGAAUGAUUCAUCUUUGGAUUUGUAUGAAAAGAAAUUGAAUGCUCUUGGAGUGGUGACACUUUCUACUUUACAAUAUGUAUGGGGACGUUCACAAGGAUGUUCCAUGUUAACACAACGAUGUGAAUUUUGGGAGGCGUCGGUACAACGUUUUGGAUAUUUUUGUUCAUCCAAUGAUGGAAAUACCAAAAUGUGUACCUUUGAUUUGAAAUCGAAAGGAAAGUGUGACGCUGCUCCCUAUGCCACUACUAUUCCUCCAUAUUAUGUGCAUUUUAGUGGAACGAAUAAGGGAGGUUUAUCCAUUUUGAGAGAUUAUUGUCCCAUUGUGUUACAAGCAGAAAAUGGAGAUUGUACCAAAUCGUAUAACAAACCAUCGGAUGCUAUUUUAAAACAAACUGGAGAAAGUUAUGGAACCUAUUCUGGAUGUUUCUUUUCAAAUCUUGUGAGUCAAGAAUCAGGUAUGGACUACAGAGAUCAACAACCAGAAUCGAGAUGCUAUGAAUAUUCAUGUGGACCGCUCGAAAGCAAUUCAACAACAUUUAUUGAUACGUACUUGUUUGUGAAAAUUGGAAAUUAUUGGUUGAAAUGUCCAAAGGAAGGAGGAGUGUUGUUAAAUAAGGCAAAUCAAUACAAUGGACAAAUUGAAUGUCCUCGAGUGGAUGUGUUGUGUAAUCGAAAUUCAACACGACCCAAUUAUUCUGCUUCAGUGGCUGAUCAAGAACAAAAUAAGAGACAAGAUGUGGAUAUUUGGAAAUGGGCACGAGAUUUGAGUUGGUGGGUGUGGUUAAUUAUUGGUUUGGGUGUGGGAGCGGUGAUACUUUUAUUGUGUUUCUUUGUGGUGUGCUUGUACUGCAGAAAAGUUUACAAGAAACGAGGAAAAUGGAAUACUACAAAAACGAUCGACAUCAGGGAUAUUGACAUUCAACAUUAA